UGAUGCCGUUUUAUUACCUUCUUGUUGCCUCCAUAGUAUGCCGCCGCUGAUGUUCGCCUUCAUCUUGGCGUUUUGUAGCUCUUGAGGUUCUUCCAGUGAUAUAUUCUUAAAAUAUGGAGUUCUCCCAAAUAGGUAAGCUGAGCUAAAUCAAGAGGAGACAAUGGGGGUAAGGAUCCGAUUUUCAAGAUUCGGCUGCAAACAUAGGCCAUUUUAUCGGGUCAUUGCCGCUGAUAGUAAGGCGUCCAGAGAAGGAAAACAUCUAGAAGUUUUAGGUUUCUACAAUCCUUUGGCAGGUCAAGAUGUUGAGAAACGAAUGAGUCUGAACCUUGAGAGACUGAAGUAUUGGUUAUCAGUGGGUGCGCAGACUUCAGACCCAGUUCAGCGCCUUCUUUCCAGAGCUGGAUUACUACAUCCAACUCCAAAGGUUGCUAUGGGACGCAAAGGCGGACCACAUGACGCUCUUCCUCUUCAUCCCGUGAGUGAAGGUGCUUUAAGUAUCAAUGACUCAGCAAAUGCUGACCAAUCAAAUGGUGAUGAAGAUGGUGGUAACGACAGAGAAACCAUUUCUAUGGAUGAUCUUCUUUGUCUCUCCCUACCAGUCAAAAACUGAUUGAGCUAGGAAUGCUCCUAUAUAUGCAUAAUGUAUUUUGAACUUGUCAUUUCUUUUAUUCUCUAGUUGAUGAGGAUCCUACUAGCCUUAUUAGUGAUAUGAAGGUAAAAGAUUUCUCUUGGGGACAAUCAGACACUGUUUAUCUUUGGGUUUUAUAAUUUUAAGAGUAUGCCUAACCAGUAUAGCGAUCCUUCUUGUGACACACCACGCAAUUUCAACACUGAUUGAAAUGAAAUGCUAUACUGAUUGCUUU